GUCGAAUCCGGGAGGCGAUUAUUCUCUCCUCCCAUUGGCUGAGUUGUUUGGGAGGCGGAGCUAACUAGCAAGCGGGGCUUGGAGACAGAGACGCUAAAAAGAAACAGGGAGAGACGCUCUGUGGCGCACUUCCGGCGCGCUAAACUGAGAAAGAUGGCUGCGUCCCAGCAGCAGGCUGCAGCUGCUUCGUCUGCUGCGGGUGUGUCGGGUCCGGGUUCGUCUGGUGGCCCGGGUCCGCAACAGCAGCCGCAACCACCAGCACAACUGGUGGGGCCUGCCCAGAGCGGGCUUUUGCAGCAACAGCAACAGGACUUCGAUCCGGUGCAGCGUUAUAAGAUGCUCAUCCCGCAGCUGAAGGAGAGUCUACAGACCUUGAUGAAGGUUGCAGCCCAGAACUUGAUUCAGAACACUAACAUUGACAACGGACAAAAGAGCAGUGAUGGACCCAUACAGCGCUUUGACAAGUGUCUGGAGGAGUUCUACGCACUCUGUGACCAGCUGGAGCUGUGCCUGCGCCUGGCCCACGAGUGCCUGUCCCAGAGUUGCGACAGCGCCAAGCACUCUCCAACUCUGGUGCCCACGGCCACCAAACCGGACGCCGUGCAGCCGGACAGCCUGCCAUACCCACAGUACCUGGCAGUCAUCAAAGCCCAGAUUGCCUGUGCCAAGGACAUUCACACUGCUCUCCUGGACUGCGCGAACAAGGUCACGGGCAAGACGCCUGCACCACCUACAGGCCCUGGGGGCACCCUGUGAGCUGGCAAGGCUGGGAGUGGGCAGGCUGCGCGGGAAGGGGGCGGGGAGGGAAUGAAAAUGACCUCAAAGCA